AUGGAAGUGAAAGUUCCAAAGACACCCCGUCGGCCAAAUUGGACCGAGAAGGUUUUGGUUGAGGCGGUCCGACAACGCGAGGACCGCCUCUUCGGAAAAAUGAAAGGGUCGGGGGGUGUCAAAAAUGUGAAACUCAAAGAGGGGGCGUGGGAGGAGGUAGCAGAGGCGGUGAAUGCACAGUCCGAUACAGUUGAAAGAACUGUUGAAGAAGUCCGGAAGCAAUAUGCAAACAUCAAACAAAGAGCUAAAGAAAAAUCAGAUGCAAUUAGACGUCCUGUCACUGGUGGAGGUCCAAAACCCCCCUCUCCUUCUCCAGUGGAAACAGAAAUACUAAAUCAUCUUGAAGACAGACCCACUCUUUGUGGUCUGUCUUCAGGUCAUGAUACAGAAGAAGUAGUUCUUGGUUGUCUUCAAAGUACUGCUGGUGAUUCAUUCUCAGAGGUGCUAGCUAGUGGAGAUACUUGCUUAGGAAACAGUAUUUCAUGUACAAACAUGGAAAUUCCUAUAAAUGACAGCACCCAGUUUGGUCAAAUUAUUGAUCUACAGUUGCCAUCAACUAUCUCAACUAAGACAUCCAAAAGGAGGAAAACCAUGGAGGAUGAGGAGAUUAAGACAGAGAGGGAGAAGUAUGAUGAAGAGGAAAAAGAUGACAAAAGUAACCUAAAUGUAGGAACUGUAAUGGCUGUCAAUGGUGACAAAUAUUCAAAUCUAUCUAAGGCAGACAUUCCCCAGUCUUGGACACCAAUACUGGAGGUAACAGGAUGUUUUAACAUUCAGCAUUACAAAUCCUACAAUUUUGUUAGAAGGCAAUUUCCCCUACAGAUGUCUGCAGCAAAGACCAUACAUAAAGCUCAAGGGUGA